AUGCGAAAUGCUGAGGAAUACUGGUGGAAAUCUGGUUUCAUUGAAGGAUUGAACAGGAAACUUGGUGAAACUGUGAGAAAAGCACCCUUUUCGCAAGCCAAGUCACCUAAAGCGAUUCAAGUGGCAAAUUAUCAACACCUUGAUUUAAAUGGAGAUGAUAAAGGGCGAGUGCGUGGCGGGAAAAUGUCGUCAACAGUCACGAGAGGCCCUGCGGUGAACCAAGGCAAUAAUAGUGUGUCGUUAAAUCAAACAAUGUAUGAAGGAAAACCACGGGGUAUCCAAGAAGCACAGAUUAGAAGGUCAGAAAGCAAAACUGAUAGUAACAUCAAAGAAACGCAGAUGAAUGUGUAUGCAGGUAGUCGAGUAGAUAUGAAUCGAGAACGUGCAGAAAAAGUGGAAAGAGGAAGGAAGCAGUAUACAAGAGGAAAACAGGACAAUGGAUGUGGACUGGUACAUCAGAAGAACAAACGGGUGAAACGGUCGGACAAUCCGGACAAUCAGGGACUACAAAAGGACAAGGGGGGUCUUUGGAGACAUUUCAAAACGAAGCCGCGCAGGAGAGAAAAUACUGAGAUUUCAAAUUCAUCACCCGAUUGCUUUGAACCGGUAGAUCUUGCCUUCCUCGUGGACGGUUCGGGAAGUAUCGAUCCCAUUCGACAGUUUCCAAAAGUUCGAACGUUUCUAAAGGAACUUGCAUCUGGAUUUCAAAUUGGCCCCGCAAAAACAAAAGUUGGCAUGGUUCAAUUCUCCGGGAGAAUGUCGCAGAAGGUUGAAUUUGGUCUAGAUCAAAAUAGUGAUCUUGAAGGAGUUCUUAAAGGAAUUGACAGCAUGGAGCAGUUAAGGGGUAACACAUAUGUCGGUGAAGGCUUCAAAGUUGUCUCGAGAGAAAUAUUUUCACCCGAGAAAGGUGACAGACCGGAAGUACGUAAUGUAUUAAUGCUCUUUACCGAUGGAGCGGCCAGUGACUUCGAAGUUGCCAAAGAAGAAGCAAAAAAACUGAAAGCGAACGGGACCACCAUAAUCUGUGUUGGAGCUGGUCGAGAAUUAAUGUUACAAUUCUUCCGUUCCCAACUUCAAGAGUUCGCAAGCGACCCGCCAGAACAAUACGUCCUUACAGAGGGAUUUGAAGCACUGGACAAAGUUGUGAAAGCUGUUUCCUCUAUAACAUGCGAAGGCAAAGAACCCCCAGAACCAAAGACAAACGGAAACACUUCAAUUGACGCCAAUUUAAACAGCUACAAAACAGCAAAUCAUUACUGGGCGUUUGACGUGGCGAAAGGCGAUAUUGUGACGGAUCUUAUUGGCAGAAAGCGUUGUACACUAACAGGCGGAUCUCAUCUCUUUAUGUCUGUCAAACGAAAAAAGGUUGCCUCAAUGGUUGAAUCAGGUGGUUACCUCGAUUUUGGAAGUUGGGCGGGGGAGUGUAUCACCGACCCUGAUCUUUGUGUAGAUGGACUAACCGUCACAAUGUGGUUACGUAUACAAGCAAAAGAUGUCAACUAUAAUAGCGAAUAUCAGUACAUUAUAUCAUCUGGGGCCGAGGGUGAAUCUAUGAGAGGGAUCGUGUUUUUGCUGAAGGCAAAAGAUGAAAUUUAUAAGCUGUUAGUCCGCACAACCGCUCAAGCAUGGUCAAUUACAUUGCCGGCUGACCGUAUACCAAGCGUAUGGUUCAGUUUUGCAUUCUCAUGGAAAAGAACACUUGGGCUUGCUGUUUAUCUCAAUGGUUUUAAGGUAGAGGAAAAUUUAAAGCCGACAAACGUGGAAGGGCCAGAUGUAUCGAACUCUUUAUUCGUUGCUAGACCUGCAACAAGUACAAGUCUGGAGUAUCAGACGAAAUUCCGUAUUGAUGAUUUCGCCAUAUUUUAUCGCUAUAUGACCGACCAAGAAGUUCAAGGCGUUUUGUUUGAAGUGGGUGGCUCUCCACCACAAGGCGCAGAUCUAUGCACCCCUAAUCCAUGUAAGCAUGGGUCUUGCUCAGUUGAUAGUGAUACCGCCUCAGGAUUUGUUUGUCAGUGUUCACCUGGUUGGACGGGGGACUUGUGUAAUCAAGAUACAUCACAAACAAUUGGGACACCAGGUGGUCAAUCCACACAAACUCCAUCUGUUGACAAACCAAGUACUGGUCAAGGACGUCUGGAACCUCCAAACAAAUCUCAAAGUCCAGCAACAUCGCCUAAUGUUCCUCAGAGUCCUGCGCAGUCUCCGUCCAACCCAAGACCACCACCGGGCGAAAGCGGGCCUCCUGGACCACUCCAAACACAACAAUCUGGAACCCCUUUCUCCCCUAAAAAUCCAGCGACGACCCAAUCCGUCUCGCAAGUCCAAUACCCCACGAGGCCUUCAAACAUCCCUCCAGGUGAACCUCAAAAUCCAUCAACAUCUGAUAUACCAACUCCUGGACAAUCCUCCCCUAGCCCUGGCCAAUCCCCAACCAAAAGCCCAGGAAUCUAUCCUGGUGGAAACAUCGAUCCGGUCCAACAACCAUCCACAAGCCCUCGAGGUCCAGGUUCGAGGCCAUCCAGACCAGGCCCUCUUCCUCCAAGUGCGUCACCAACAGAAAGACCAAAAGGUUGUCCACCGUGCCCCGAUAAGCCGAGCGGUAAAGCAUCGUCUACCAAUUCCAACACACAAGCAACAUCAAGCUCACCUGGAACAUCAAACCCGCCUGGAACAUCAAACCUACCCGGAAAAUCGAACCCACUCGGAACAUCAAGCGCACCCGAAACAUCAAAUCCACCAGAAACAACAAGCCCUCCCGGUACAUCAGACCCUCCCGGAACAACAAACCCACCAGAAACAAUAAGCCCACCCAGAACAUCAAACCUACCCGGAACAUCGAAUCCACCCGGAACAUCAAGCGCACCCGUAACAUCAAACCGACCAGAAACAACAAACUCUCCAGGCACAUCAAGUCCACCCGGCAUAUCAAGCCCACCCGGAACAUCAAGUCCACCCGGCACAUCAAGCCCAUCCGGAACAUCAAACCCACCCGGAGCAUCAAACCCGCCAGGAACAUUAAACCCUCCCGGUAAAUCAAGCCCACCUGGAACAUCAAACCUACCUGGAGCAUCAAACCCACCUGGAGCAUCAAACCCACCUGGAGCAUCAAAUCCACCCGGAACAUCAAGCCCACCUAGUACAUCGAGCGCGCCCGGAACAACAAGCCCACCCGGAACAUCAAGCUCACCUGGAACAUCAAACCCUUCCAGAACCUCAGGAGAAUCCUCCAACGUUCCGGGAACAUCGGCAUCAAAUCCUCCAGGAACUUUAAACCCCACAAACCCCACUAAUACGUCUCUAGGUAACCCAGGCACCCCUUCAUUAGCACCCAGUUCGCCCCAAGUUCCUACCAAUAUUCCCAGUAGUUCACCUCAAGGUCCUGGCAAUACGCAGAAUUUACCAGACGGCCCUCAAGAUCUUGGAAAAUCUAAUGCAAACACAUCAAAAACCCCUAGUACGCAAAAGAUUCCUAAGACAUCUGGCGGGUCUCCAGAUGCUCAUAGAACUUCUGAUAAAACCAAAUGCACGCCAAUACCUCCAGGAUCAAGUAUUUGUUCCUCGGCACCAUCACAAAGCCUGGCAGACGCCUCUCACACAUACCACUAUCAAUUGCCACCUAUCUUUGGGCCAUAUGACACCGGAGAUGAUUAUGGCUGCACACCACAGUGUAUGAGUGAUUGCACAUCGGGAGGUUGUUCUGGCGCAUGUUGCAGGUCGUGUCCACCCGUAUGCAAGAGAGUAUGUCGUCCAGAUUGCCCGUCCAGAUGCUGCGGAAAAAACGCAAUAAUCCCGCAACGGCGUCACGCAAUCGCGAGACCAUCCCGCCCGAUCACGAGAUCGCACCGCGCAACUGUGACUUAUUGAAACUUUUGAGGUGCACUGAAUUGUUGAUAAUCACCAAAUAGUUGUCGACAACUAUAAACCAUUUAAUAUUGCAGCCCGACUUUAUUAUAUUAUCAUAGGUUCUCUAUAUUUCUAUACAUAAGGCUGUUUUAUUAAGGUGAAAUUUUGUAACAAUAACAUGUUACGAAGCGAUUUAGUAUCUUUUAAUGGUUAUAUGCUUUAA